CAGACGUGAAGGAGGGCUUCCUUUCUGCAGAGUCCUUUUAAAGCUAGGCACUUGAUUGUGUGAUGAGAGGGAAAGCUAUGUGGGGAGCAGGGAGGGCAGAAAGGGCUGACCCUGCCCUGGUGCUUGGGGACUGGGAGCUGCAUCCUAAGACACAGUCGGGAUUUCAAACCUAAACAAGCCAGUGUGGGCAGUAACGGAUCUGGUGACCUCACCGCAGUCCCGGAAUUCUGCAGGGAUUCCGACGGAGGAGGCUCAUUGGCCAUCCUGGGCAUCCAGCGGCAGUUAGUUGGUCUUGUUGUCUGGUUUUCUUUGCCAAAAUGGGUGGCUGCUGGGCCCGUCUCAGGUCCCAACAGGAAGAAGCUGUCAAACUCCCUGAAAAUCCGGACCGGGAUCAGACUGGUGUUCCUGAGAACCCCAGCCCCGUUCCCUCUGCUCCUUCUCCCACCUCCCCACCCCUCUCCCUACCGCCCCACCCCAGCUCCCCCUUACUCCCCAACCCAGUCUCCCCCUCCCUCCCCCUUCUCCCUACCGCAGAGACUGCGCCCCCAGCCCUCUCUCAUCCCAGUCUGCUGGAGCCCACAGAGGACACCAGUUCCUCCACACUGGAUGCCUGCCCAGGUCCCUCCACCAGCAGGAGGGCUCUGCAAGAGGACCUCCCUCAAGGCCCCAAUUCGGCAGAGGCCUCGUCCCUCCAGCCUCCUUGCCCCAUUUUCACGUGGUCCUCCUCCUCUGCCUCCACCAAGUAUCUCCGUCUCUCCACCACCCCCUCCCUCUCCCCCUCCUGCCUCUCCCUGAAUCCCUCCCCUUCCCCUCCUCAACAUCUCUUCAAAAUGGAAGAGAAAUUGGAGAACCUGAUGUUGUUGCAGAACAAGCAGAUGGAAGACCGACAAGAAGGUCUCAUGAUUUUCCGUGCCCACAUUCAACAUGUUGUGGUGCUGAGCAAACAGCUCCAGGAACUCAGAAGCAGGCUCAGCCAACUUGAAGACGCCUUUGCAGAAAAAUAG